AUGGACAUUGGUAUUGGACGAGGCAUUGUCUGGCUGACCUGGAGUGGACUCGACGGUCUUCUCAUGGCUCUCACGCUGCCCUCUCACUCGAUAGAGGGCAUGCGGGCGUAUGCAAGCGAUGCAAGUCCCGGCGCGUACGCAGGUGAGCAACCGCACUAGACUGCUCUGGGCGACCCGCGACUAAAUCCUGGGAUGCAUCCACCACUCACACCUCCCACCAGCCCUGGGAGGUACAGAGGUACCGAAAUACCUCUGGAUGAUCGCAGCGUGAUGCGCAUCUCUGCAGCGAGAGUGCGUCCUCAAUACAUUGGCUCUGCACUGUCACCAACCUCCACCAAUGAGGGCGCACCCAGGCCCAUGGCGGGCGGGAGAAAACACCGCAUAGGGGUCCGGAGCCGAUAUCGACGACGAACAACCCCAUCACGAUUCACCCAGACCAAGGAACGCAACGUGGAGACAGGCCAAAUUCGCCGAAGAACAAGGCACCGCACCGCAUCGCAAGAGGCAGAGGAAGACGGCGAGCCUGUGAGCGCAGAGAAUCAUCAUGCCGCCAUCCACAACCACCUGCCACUCACCAGCGUGGAAAAGAAGGUUUGA